GCUGUCAGUGGAAGCGGGCAUAUGUUUGCAAGGCUGAGAAGGAGCAGCACGAUGGGACUUUUCUCCUGCAGCCUUGCUGAGGAGGACACAGUUUUACAGUAACCUCUCUGCUGAUUAGUGGCCUUGAUGAUGUACGGUGAUGGAGAGGGCAAAGUGUGGGACCGGGUCGGACGGCCCCACCGGGACUGUAUGUGCUACCUUGGACCUCCUACUACUCUGAUCGGGAUGCGCAAGUCUCCCGACGUGAGCCCCAGACGGCUUUCGGACAUCAGCCCUCAGCUCAGACAGCUAAAGUACCUGGUGGUGGACGAGGCCAUCAAAGAGGACCUCAAGUCCUCACGCUCAGUUGAGGACAUCAACAGCGCCUCCAUAGAAGAGCGGAUACUGCGCAUCACUGGUUAUUAUGGAUACCAGCCGUGGAGUGCAAGCUACAAGAGAGAAGACCGCAGCAGGGACAGUGCAGUGGGGAUCGCAGACGCACAGUCGGCCGGGGGUGCGGCGGGAACAGAGUCUGGAUCCAGCAGACGGAAGCUGCACUGUUGCAUCAGAGUAACAACCGUCCAGGUGCAGAAGGCCCUGUGGGGAGUCGCCAUGGUGAUGUGCGUGUGCUCGUCCUGGGCGGGCUCCACCCAGCUGGCCAAGCUGACUUUUAAGCAGUUUGAUGCCCCCUUCACCCUCACCUGGUUCGCCACCAGCUGGAACAGCCUCUUCUUCCCCCUGUACUAUAUCGGACACAUGUGCAAGAAUGCAGAGCGGCAGACGCCUCGUCAGAGAUUUCGGGAGUGCUGUCGUUUUUUUGGCGACGAUGGGCUGACACCCAAGGUGUUUGUCACCAAGGUGGCGCCCUUUGGCCUGCUGUGGAUCCUCACCAACUACCUGUACCUGCAAGCUCUCAGGAAGAUCAACACAACAGAUGUAUCGGCGCUGUUCUGUUGCAAUAAGGCCUUUGUCUUCCUGCUGUCGUGGAUUGUCCUAAGAGACCGCUUUAUGGGGGUCAGGAUUGUAGCUGCUAUCUUGGCCAUAGCGGGUAUCGUCAUGAUGACCUACGCUGAUGGAUUCCACAGCCAUUCGGUCAUCGGCAUUACUUUGGUGGUGGCCUCUGCUUCAUUGUCAGCACUCUACAAGGUGCUCUUCAAGAUGGUCCUGGGCAGUGCCAGAUUUGGAGAGGCCGCACUGUUUCUGUCCAUUGUUGGGAGCGCCAACUUUGUCUUCCUUAGCAUUGUGCCGGUCAUCCUGUAUUUCACACACGUGGAGUACGUCGGCUCGCUCGAAGACAUCCCCUGGGCCUACCUCUGUGGAGUUGCAGGCCUACUUUUUGCUUUUAACAUCCUGGUGAACUUUGGCAUUGCGAUAACAUAUCCAACAUUAAUCUCUCUGGGCAUCGUCCUAAGUGUUCCUGUAAAUGCAAUGGUGGACUUCUACAUGUGUGAGAUUAAUUUCAACACCGUGCGCCUGAUUGCCGUGUUCAUCAUCUGCCUGGGCUUCCUCAUGCUGCUUUUACCAGAGGACUGGGACCAGUGCAUCAUCCAACUCAGCGCCAAACUGCGCAAGCGUGACGAGCCAGCAGAGGGCAGCGGAGAGGUCGGGCUCAAUUGGAGAGGGAGAGCCAGGACGUCCAUGUCAACAUUUGCACAUUGACCCCUAUGAAACAGUCGCACACACGCAGAGGAAGACAUUUACAGCUCCAAAGCAUCCAUGAUGCAUUUGGAGCACUGAUCUGGCGCGGUCAUAUUACUGCGGGCAUCUUGCCAUCUGUUUGGUGCCCCCUCCCGUGGACAGCGGGAAUAAAGCUAUUUUAGCAAAAAGGGCAGAUGCUGGAUGCCCAGGUUAUACAUCACAUUUUGAGUUCAAAAUCCCAUGCAUUUACUUAGUGUGCAGAAAAGCUGCAGCAUGGAUUUAUUCCCCAAAACAAUCAGGCAGAACUAUUUUUACUGGCUUUAUUAAUAUUAUCCUUGCACCUGGAAAGACAUGCCUUUGUAUGGAGCUUAAAGACACUUUUGGAUGCUGGUGUAGCAUCCUGUUUGUUGAAUUGCUGGCUUUACAUGUGACACGUCACCUUUAAGAUCCAAAGAAUGUGCAAAAAUGCUGAAUGCUUGAAAACUAAAGGGAGGCCCACAGCACCCCACCACCACCCCGUGACAAAUACCUGCCGUUUUGUGCACUGUACAUACACGCAGUUCACAUCUUAGAUGUGCCGGAGGUGUGAAUCUGAAUGGCUUGUCUGGCAUGAAGGGAUCUGUCCAGACAUCUAAGGAUCAAACGCUCGCCGUGUCCGUUGGGCCACUGCAAAGAGGCUGGCUCCUUUUUGACUGUCCCCUGCGCUUGGAAGCUUUCUCCCCAGGGGAACCGCACUCACCCUCGCUCAG